CACUUUUUCAGGGAUGUAGUCUUCUGUCGGUGCAUGCACAACUUGAGUUAGUUCAUGCACUCCAGAAGUUGCGCGUUUCUGCUCCCAGGCGGUCGGUGCUGAUUUUAGUAAAUGCACAUAUUGUAGAGUCCUUUGUAAGUUGUUUCUCUCUCUAUUUUUACAUUAUAUGUUUGAUGCUAAACAAUUAAAUCCAGAAUUCGAUUCAGUUUCAUUAUAGAGAAGAUGUUUCCUAAGUUAAGCAACAGCUGACCUGAGGCAUCACCUUGAAGCCUAGGCAGGAAUUAAUUAUAGGUUUGAGAGGACAUACGGAAUAGAGACUCGAUUCAUAUAGAUAUUAAACAAAGAUAGCUAUUAAUGGACCAUGGAGAGCACCAUCAUCAACCCUGCACUCGCUUGGUGAAAGCAUCAUCCUGAGAGAUAAAGAUGAGAGCGCCAACAUUUGGACUUCUGUGGAGCUGUCUCGGUUUUCUUCACGGCGUUCAGUGCGGUUUAGGAGACAACCAUGUGCAUUCGAGUUUUAUUUACAGGCGGUUGCGUAACCACGAGCGGCGAGAGAUCCAGAGAGAGAUCCUCUCCAUCCUGGGCUUGCCUCACCGUCCCAGGCCCUUCUCCCCGGGUAAACAAGCGUCGUCGGCACCGCUCUUCAUGCUGGACCUGUACAACGCGAUGACGACCGACGAGGAGAACGCGAUACUCGGGAAGAAGCUCUCUGGUAAAAAGCGUAAAAGCGCAUCUGGAGUUCCACAUGGAUACUCGAGCUCGCCGCAGCAGCCUUACCGCGCGGCGCCGUUGACCAGUCAGAGCCCGCCUUUGGCCACCGCGCACGACACCAACUUUCUCAAUGACGCGGAUAUGGUGAUGAGUUUCGUCAACCUGGUCGAGCGGGAUAAGGAUUUCUCCCAUCACAGAAGACACUACAGGGAGUUUCGUUUCGACCUGACUCAGAUUCCAGAAGAUGAGGCAGUGACCGCCGCCGAGUUCCGGAUUUACAAGGAUCAAAGUCACGUCAGAUAUGAGAACAUCACACUCAAAGUCACCAUUUACCAAGUCAUCAAAGAAUAUCCAAACAGUGAUGCCGAAACAUUUCUCCUGGACUCCAAAAAGAUCCACGCUACUGAUGGGGGGUGGCUGGUGUUUGACAUCACAGCCACCAGUAAUCACUGGGUCCUGAACCCGCAGCAGAACAUGGGCCUUCAGCUGUGCGUGGAGACCACUGACGGUAGAAGCAUCAACAUGAAAUCUGCUGGUAUCAUCGGAAGUACCGGACCUCAGUCCAAACAGCCAUUUCUGGUUGCUUUUUUCAAAGCCAGUGAAGUUCUGCUCCGUUCUGUAAGAGCCGCAGGAAACAAGAGGAAGAGCCACAACAGAAACAAAAGUAGAACACAACAGAAAUCUUCACCAGCUCUCAAAAGUGGAGAUCAGAACACUAGUGAACAGAGACAAGCCUGCAAGAAGCAUGAACUUUACGUGAGCUUCCGCGACUUAGGAUGGCAGGAUUGGAUUAUUGCUCCAGAGGGCUAUGCAGCCUUUUAUUGUGACGGAGAAUGUUCGUUUCCACUGAAUGCACAUAUGAAUGCGACCAAUCAUGCGAUUGUGCAGACCUUGGUCCAUCUAAUGUUUCCUGAUAAUGUGCCAAAGCCUUGCUGUGCACCGACCAAACUAAAUGCCAUAUCAGUGCUGUAUUUUGAUGACAGCUCAAAUGUAAUUCUGAAGAAGUACAGGAAUAUGGUGGUGAGGUCCUGUGGAUGUCAUUGAGGACAGAGUGUCUGUGUCUGUGUCUAAUAUUGCUGGAAUAACAUAUCAGAAGAAAUAGUUUUUGACAUUUGAUGUGUACAGUAUUAUGUAUAUAUUAGCUCAUUAUUCCUCUUAUUUAUUUGGCUUUGUUUUGUAACAUUUUAUUUUAUUUUGUUAAUAUGAGAGAUGUAGAGGAGUUACCACUCUUUACCACUGAUCCAUAUCCAAUUGCUAUUUCUCUGAAAAUAUUUGAAUAAGUUAGGCCAGUUAGAGAGAGUUUUACAGGACUGAUUAUAAUUUCCUUUCUUUAGAUUACAUGUCAAAUUCAUAAGCAACCACUCCAAAACAGAACUGCUGCUAUUUAACACAAUAAAUGUAAAUGCCUUAAACUCUAAGUCACCUAAAUACUUUAUUUUUAUUUCUUUUUAUGUGGGGAAAAAAACAGCCAUAUUGGAUUUUGCAAACAAACUAACGUUUUUCUCUGCUACUGAAAUUAGUGUGGUGUUGUUGCAAAAGCACUGAGUCAUAGGACUAUACAUAUUUCCUGAAAUAGUCCAAGGUAUUGCAGCCCACAAUUACUGUUCUACAUUAGUGUGCUUUAGAUAUCAGUGGGUGGAUAUGCAAAAUGAAGUAAGUUUAUUAUUAUUAUUGUUAUUUUUUUUCUACAAGCAAAUAUUCUUCUUCUCUAUAUACACUUGUAUUAGUACUCUGAGUAAUAUAUUGUUUUGGAAAAUAUUGCAUUUAUUAUUUUAGAACAGUGUUUGUAUGUCAUUAAAUAUAUUUUCAAAUAAAUUUUCU